GAGUCUCGACACACAGCGUCCUCUAGCACAUCCGUUUCUGUGAGUGGACAGAAAGACAGACUGGUUGAAGAGGGGAUUUCUGAAGUCUCCCAAGAGGAUAUCAGUUUUCUAUCAGAAACACAGAGAUGGAAAAGAUCCGGUCCCUGAUCACGAAGCACUGGUCGUCUGAUGUUCGUCUGGAUGGGAAGACUGCGAUCGUGACGGGAGCUAACACUGGCAUUGGCAAGGAGACCGCCAUGGACCUGGCCAAGAGAGGUGCACACGUCAUCCUGGCCUGCAGGGACAUGGAGAAGGCGGAGCUUGCGGUCAGUGACAUCGUCAGGGAAAUGGGAGGGGCCAAGGUGGAAGCCAGGAAGCUUGACCUCGCUGACACCAAGUCCAUCUGUGAAUUUGCUGAAAACAUCUACAACACGGAGAAGGUGCUUCACUUCCUGAUCAACAAUGCAGGUGUGGCCACCUGUCCUUACAGCACCACUGUAGAUGGAUAUGAGAUGCAGCUUGGAGUCAACCACCUGGGUCACUUCUUUCUGACUUUCCUCCUAUUGGAUCUGCUGAAGCACUCCGCCCCCUCCCGUGUCAUCACUGUGUCGUCAUCGGCUCACGCCAUGGGCAGGAUCCACUUUGAGGACCUGAACAGUGAGAAAGAAUACCACCCUGUCAAGGCCUACGUCCAGAGCAAACUGGCUAAUAUACUGUUCACUAGAGAGCUGGCCAAGAGGACCGCGGUUCUAGGUGUGACAGCCUAUGCAGUCCACCCGGGGGUAGUGAACACUGAUCUGAUGCGUCACACAAAGCGCCCCCUACAGCUCAUGUUUAAGAAGUUCAGCUACUUCCUCAAGACGCCAGCAGAAGGAGCCUACACCACUCUGUACUGCAUCCUGACCCCUGAUUCUGAACUCACCUCUGGGGGUUACUAUAGUGGUUGUGCACAGGCAGUGUGUGCCAGGGCUGGUAGUGAUGAAGGCACCGCUCUCAAACUCUGGGCUGUUAGCUGUCAUCUACUGGGCAUCUGCUGGAGAUGAACAGACACCCAAUAUUAAUGCUAAUAAUAAUCUUUACACCAAAUUGCUUCUUUCUGUCACGUCAAAUACUGAGAAAAUAUUGCUAUCAUAAGUCCUACUAUGUCAAAUGCUAAAUGUGAAGAGGGAGACAGACAGGUGAUGUAUGAUGUGGCUGAUGGUGAGCGCAGGUGGAAGUGGUACAGAUAGGUUAUAGAAUGUGUAGAGUUAGUGUUGCAGUCAGUAAACUAUCUGAGACUGACUGGACAAGGAAAGCUAUAUGUCAAAUAUUCAGUUGAACUAAAUCAUGUAAUUGUCUUCUGUUUUUACACCUUUGAUUCCUGUGCUUUCUGGAGAAAGUAAAAUGCUAUCAA